CGAUCUAAUAUUUCUCCUCCCUAGACCCGUUCCUGCCCCACCACAGAUGCUUGACAACACCACACUUAUUAUUCCUACAGUGGCGAUCGGGAAUGUUCCGCAAUUGGCGACCGAUUUACUCAUUCACACGUACCUGUUCCAGAAGGUGCGGGUAUUGAGCGGCAGAUACCUCUACCCAUUUGCGUCGCCGCGCGACACGACGGGCGCGGCCGCAGACGGAGUCUCGUAUUCCUUGGAAUUGUACUACUGCAAAACGCUCAACGUCGCAACUAUCCAGCAAAGAUCGCCCGUGUUGUCUGGCCAUUUGGGAAACUUUGUCAAAGAGGUUAUCCUUCCGCUAAUUGAGUCGGAAAAGUUCGCCAGAGUGGUGAUUCUCGAUUCGUCCGACGCGGGGCUUCUCAUGCGCGACACGCCCUGGGAUGAGUACUUUGGCGCGCGUGCGCCGGAGGACGCACAGACUCCGUCGACGUUUGAGCUCUACGAAACAGAGAUAAACCUCAGCUUGACCGCGAGACUCGGCGGAUUGAAGCUUCACAGCGACGAAUUAUCGCUGGAAGAGGAAAAGUUGCAGCACAGCUCGUUGUACACGCGGUUCGUCAUGAGGGGCUUGCGCGAACUGAGUGCCCUGGGCACCGAUGCCAGCCAUGUGCUCAAGGUGACGGCAUUGCUCACAUACGUAUACGAGGGCGAUAACUUCCGAGACGCGGAGGCGUUAGCUAGCAAGGUAGUGGAUGUAUUGCAGCUUGAGUCUGCCCAGUGGCUCAAGCCGGUAAGCUGGGAGGGGGUCUAUGGGCAAAGGACCAUCCCGGAUUCCAUGGAGGAGGGUAUCUUUGGUUAGGGUCUAAAGAAUAAUGAUAAUGUCAAUGGUUGGUGUAGAAGCUAUUCAUGGUGAGAGUGAUCAGCUAAAAUGAGGAAAUACGCUAAAUGUUGUAGAACAGGUAUAAUUAACCCGAGGAGUGCGAUGUUUGAAUGCACCGAACUAAUUCACGG